AUGGCGCGUCUGAGUCCGCUGGAAAGAGACAGCCUUGACCUCCUGGAAGCCGAGGACCCCGAGCUGGAGGCGAUCAAGGCCAAGAUUCGGGAGAUGGAGAAGGAGGACGAGCCGGAGAAGGAGGACGAGCGAUUCCAGGGCAUGCAGACAGGAGCAAAGCCCUUCGUCAUGGGCCCGGAGGCAGGUCUUCCUUUCUGUAGCCUGACAGCAGAAAAAGUUGAGGCUGACCACCGCUCCAUCUACGUGGGAAAUGUGGAUUACGAAGGGUCGGCAGAAGAGCUGGAGUCCCAUUUCAACAGCUGCGGGGAGAUCAACCGAGUCACCAUCCUUUGCGACAAGUUCUCUGGCCAUCCCAAAGGGUAUGCCUAUAUUGAGUUUGCGGACAGGAGGUCAGUGCAGGCAGCUGUGGGGCUGGAUGAGACCACCUUCCGAGGGAGAAUCAUCAAGGUGCAUCCCAAAAGGACCAAUAUGCCCGGCAUCAGCACCACUGACCGUGGAGGUUUCCGGGGCCGUUUCCACAGCCGAGGAGGUCCACCCCAACGAGGCGGGUUCUGCAGAAGUCUGCGUUCAAGGCCACAUGGGAGGGUAUCCAGGCUCUUUGGCGCGCAGGCCGGCAAGAAGCUGGACACCUUGACUGUGUCUGUGGGCAGCGGCUUCUGCAUCUCAACGGGCCAAAAUGAGCAGUGA